UCUCUUCUCUCGCGUCAGCGUCACGAGGUUUAAUCGCCGCCGAGGCGAAGGCGCGUCCGUCCAACCUGUGGAGCGUCUCUCUCUCUCUCCGUGUGUGUCCGUCUGUCUGUCUGCACGCUGCACACGCGCGCGCGCACGCACGCACGUGGAAGCUUCGGCGCACACAUGCACGCACCUCUUUCAGUAGUAGCUGUAGUUUGGAGACAAUAAACCGGUGUUACCGCUCCUCGGGGAAUUUCCGCUCUCAUCCCGGAGGACGAGCUCUUCGCGAAGGAAGUUGAAGCGAACAGCGGUGCGUGUGCGUGUCAUUCGGGAGCCGAGCGAGCAGCCAUGGACGCGUUGAUGAAGGGGUUCUCCAAAGCUAAGGAUGGGGUCGUGGCAGCGGCGGAGAAGACCAAGCAGGGAGUGACUGGAGCGGCUGGGAUGACGAAAGACGGGGUUAUGUUCGUCGGUACUAAAACUAAGGAUGGAGUCACAACAGUUGCAGGUAAAACGGUGUCCGGGGUGUCUCAGGUGGGCGGAGCCGUGGUCACCGGCGUCACCGCCGUGGCCCAGAAGACGGUGGAGGGCGCCGGGAACAUCGCGGCCGCCACCGGCUUGGUCAAGAAGGAUCCAGCUAAACCAACUGAGGACGUCCCCGCAACCCAGGAGGCGGGGAAGUCACCAACCUACAACCCCGCAGAGCUGAGUGAGGAGAGCGACGACGACGACUGAACCGAGCGCCACAAUCGCCGCUCGACCGACGACACAUUCCAUGUUGCUCUGCCAAGUCCCGUCGUGCCUCGUCCCGGUCCGUUAUGGAGUCUGUGCCCAGCGUCUGUGUGUGUCUGUGUAGGUGUUAAGGAGCGAGAGGGGUGAUGCGAGCGUGUGUGUGUGUGUGUUUGUGCGUGCCUUUUGCACAUCAGUCCCGAAGGGGACCUCAGGUGUGUUUCUCCCGUGACCAGCUGUUAUUCACAGUGACUCCCUCCCACCUGGUCACUGUGUGCACGUGUGUCAGUCUGUUAGUUCAACCGACUGCAAUCGAUCACUUCAAGCACCUAAGUGUCUCUGUGGAAGAGUUCAGUGAUCCAGUGCAAAUGGAAACGAUGAUAUUCUCUAUUUUUGUCCGUAUACAGACGCUGUUUUUUGCUGUGCUUAUAUUGAACUUUUAAGUUGUCACUGCUACAGCGAACAUAUAUCCUAAUGAGUGAGAGCAUGUAUAAAAUGUAUUCAGCCUAAUCGCUAUGACAUGGAGUGUUGAAUAAAGUACAUAGUGUGUA